GUGAACUGAAACAAGCUGCCGCAAAGCUGGUUGAGGUGAAGAAGACGCAGUAGCUGGACGAUGCGACUAAUCCAAGAAACAGCACACUGUGGCAAGAAUAAACCUGUUUAGCUUCCGAGAAGGUCUUCCAAGACAUUUUGUGUCAGUUCUACGUGCCGUCUGACGUUAUACAUCGCCAAAUCUGUUUUAGGUUCCUCUGCCCCAUUCACGUGCUAUUUAGCCACUCACUAUGGUGGACUACUACCAGAUUCUAGGAGUACGGCGAGAUGCUUCUGCAGAUGACAUAAAGAAAUCGUAUAGAAAACUGGCGCUGAGAUGGCACCCUGAUAAAAAUCCAGAAAACAAAGAAGAGGCUGAGAAGAAAUUCAAGGAGCUGUCGGAGGCAUAUGAAGUCCUUUCUGAUGUUAACAAGAGGAGCACAUAUGAUCUUUACGGCAAAGAAGGACUAACAGGAGGCGCUCGAGGGAGAGGCAACCACUUCCAUAAUGGAGAUCAUUUCCAAGAACCAUUCACAUUCCGUAACCCUGAAGAUGUGUUUAGGGAAUUCUUUGGAGGCAGGGACCCAUUUGCAGACUUUUUUGGUACGGAUCUGUUUAAUGAUGAUCCUUUUUUUGGCAAUGGCCGACGGCACUCAAGUCGGGCUAGUCGAAGCCGGACAGGGGGCUCAUUUUUGGGGGGCUUUGUAGGUUUUCCUCCUUUUGGUGCUGGCUUCUCACCUUUUGAUCCAGGCUUUGGUUCGUUUGGCACCAUGAGCACCAUGGGUCACAUGGGUCAUAUGGGCCAUAUGACGACAAUGGGCAGUCUAGGAGGCGGCGGCGGCUUCACUUCUUUCUCCAGCAGCUCCUUUGGGGGAGGUGGGGGAGGAGGUAUGGGGAACUUUCGUUCUGUGUCAACUUCCACCAAGAUCAUCAAUGGCAGGAAGAUCACAACCAAAAGGAUCGUAGAAAAUGGUCAAGAACGUGUUGAAGUGGAGGAGGACGGCCAGCUGAGGUCACUAACCAUCAAUGGUAAAGAGCAGCUGCUACGACUGGAACACAAGUAAAGAACCAAGAGUUACCUCAGCACAAACAAACUUGAGCUUGAAAAUAUCGGAAACAACAAAAAGCAACAAAGAAAUGUAAUAAUAGCGUGUGUUUUUUGGGGGGGAUGUACAUACUUUAGUUGUGUUAAUUUCCCCUUUGGAAGUGGUCUUUUCUUGCAGACUUUGUUAUCAGAUGCUUUAACAUCAAUGGAUAUGGAUGAGUAUGCAUUCUGUUGACGUACUCCUGAGCUGAAAAUGGCUUUGAAUUUUGGCUCAGGUCAGUUGUGAUGCUUCAGUGUUUGGGACCACAAUUGUACUCUUGAAGCCUGACCCCUGUUUUUCAGUAUUUCAUGUACACACUUCUUAUGUGUUCCAGUCGGCUCACUGCAUUCCAAAAAACUCUGCUUUCCUUGUAAAUAUUCUGAAGGGGUCAAAUUUAAUUACAUAAUGUCGGUAGAAAUAAUCAAAGCAUCAUUCAUUCUGUUAUCUGUUUAUUGCUUGUCUAACCAGUUCUUUAAUAACUUUUUUUUUUGUUUUAAAUUCCAAUGUUGGUACUAUGAGUUUUUUAUGUUUUAUUUAAAGAUGCAUGUAUACCUGUUGAUGUUAAGUCUUAAUGUUAAAGCUGCAUUAUGAUGCACAUAUAACUUCAGUCAUUCUAUAAAUUAUGAUGUAUAUUAAUUUAGAGGUUCUGUGUACUUUGUAAACCCAUAAAUCUAAGUUUCAUUACAUUUUGGGCACCCGAACUUCGGUAUGUUCUCUAAUGUGAAUUUAUGGAAGCAUACAUCACAAACAUUUUAUUCCUGAUUAGUCAGUGUAUUUUAUUUAUACAGCUACUUUUCAUAUGUAUUUUUUCCAUGUGAAAUCCGUGUUUGAAACGAUUACACACUACUUGACUGAGUGGUACCACAGCUGCAGAGCAGCAAAUCAAAGCAUGGCAUGAUAGACUAACAGUAACAGGAUUAGGACAAAACACACAACAUUCUCCUUUUUUUUUUUUUUUUUUUUUUAGUAUAUGGUUUUUGUUUGAGCAGAAUCUGUUUAUAUGCGGCAAGAAGCGACGAUUUGCAUCUAAACGUUGCCAUCGAAGUAGUAUAGAAAAUUUUGGGUGUAUCUGCAUUACAGACUAUCUAAUGUACUUGCGUUUGAUAGUCUAAAACACUUCUGGCAUUUAAUAAUGGCUGCUCAAGGCAAUUUUGAAUAUUACCUUUUACUGAUGUUUUCCUCCACUAUUAAACAGCAGUGAAAGGAAAUUGUUUCCAAAUGAAAAUGUGUAAUUUAUUGGUAAGUGAAGUGAAGUUGAUAAAAUAUAUGAAGUUCAUUUACAAUAUUUACAUUUGUUGUAUUGACUAUAAUCCACUCAUCGGCACUAAAAUGAACUGGUUGAACUACAAUAGACAAAGUUCGCAUUUGCCCGAAAUAUGAAUUGGUUCAUGAUCUUACUUUAAAUUAAUUGAAUUUCUUCAGGCACAAAACUGCACUCACAAUCGCACCUACUAUACAUAUUUUUGGGAUGUAGUAGGAAACCUGUGGAGCCAUGGGA